AUGGCCAACUCGACAGGCAUCUCCUGGCACCCUGCGAACCACACGCAAUCUACAUGCGACCCAUCAACAUUUUCUGAAUCCACAAACACUGAUCCCGCAAAAUGGAAAGAAUGUGCAAGCCUCUACAGCUCCUGGACCUCAGAAAACGGCACCUUCAGACUCGGCGACUUGGAUGCUACCGGAUUCACGCCAAUUCUGCAGACGACAGACUGUACGCUUGGAGUCAAGCCGGCCGAUCCUUGCCUGGGACCUUUCACUAUUGGCGACAGGGACAUCAAAACGCUCUUGGAAACGAGUCUCAAGGAGUUUUCUAAGGGUACAAGCUUGGGAGUUACCGGCAAUGUCAAGUGUGCCACUGCAGUAGGCAGCAAGGGAGAUGUAAACUGGCGGAUUUCAAAGUCAUAG